GUGUCGUGUUUCUCCCUGUUCGUCUCGAAUGUUGAAGCCUCUUGCGUAGAGGAAUCUCGUGGCGGGCGCGUUACCACAGUAAAAUGAAUGAAAAUAAACCUGGUGACUCACAGAACCUUGCUUGUGUUUUCUGUCGAAAAAACGAUGACUGUGCUAUUAAAUAUGGAGAAAAGAAAACUAAUGAGAAAUGGAAUCUCACUGUACAUUACUAUUGCUUGUUGAUGUCCAGUGGAAUUUGGCAGAGAGGUAAAGAAGAAGAAGGAGUGUAUGGUUUUCUAAUAGAAGACAUCAGGAAGGAAGUGAAUAGAGCUUCUAAACUGAAAUGCUCUGUUUGCAGGAAAAAUGGUGCUUCUAUUGGAUGCGUAGCACCUCGAUGUAAACGAAGUUAUCAUUUCCCAUGUGGACUUCAAAGAGAAUGUAUUUUCCAGUUUACUGGCAACUUUGCGUCAUUUUGUUGGAAACAUCGUCCUGUUCAAAUUAUUACACCUAAUAAUUAUAGAGACUCUGUACCAUGCACCAUUUGUUUGGAAUUUAUUGCACCUAUUCCUACUUACAGUGUAUUACGAAGUCCUUGUUGCAAGAAUGCUUGGUUUCAUAGAGACUGUGUACAGGUUCAAGCAAUAAAUGCAGGAGUAUUUUUCUUUAGGUGUACAAUAUGCAAUAAUAGUGACAUCUUUCAGAAAGAGAUGUUGAGAAUGGGAAUUCAUAUUCCUGAAAAAGAUGCAUCUUGGGAAUUAGAGGAAAAUGCCUAUCAAGAGCUUUUGGAGCCCUAUGAACACUGUGAUAUACGAAGAUGUCGUUGCAAAGAAGGGCGAGACUAUAAUGCACCUGAUAGCAAAUGGGAAAUAAAACGCUGUCAGUGCUGUGGUUCCAGUGGAACACAUUUAGCCUGUUCCUCACUACGAUCAUGGGAACAAAAUUGGGAGUGUUUGGAAUGUAGAAGUAUUAUCUACAAUUCAGAUUUCCGAAAAGCCAAAAAACAUACAUUAUCCAACUCUAAUAAUGUGGCAAUUACUGAUUGUUUGUUGGAAGAAUCAUCACCUAAGUUACCCAGACAGUCACCUGGAGCCCAGAGUAAAGAUCUGCUGAGGCAAGGCAGCAAGUUUAGAAGAGAUAUUUCAACAAUAUUGAUAGAGUUAGGCUUUCAAAUUAAGAAAAAAUCUAAAAGAUUAUAUAUCAAGAAAGCUGAUAUCUGGACCAGUGCCUUAGCUGAAUUCAGAAAGUACAACUUCAAUCCUUCAUACGUGAUUGAAGUAGUAUUUAUUGAGAAUGAUGAUUUUGGAGGAGAGCAUCCGGGAUCAAAGCAAGAAUUUCUGAGUCUUUUAAUGCAACAUCUUGAGAACUGUCCGUUAUUUGAAGGUUCCUUAUCAAAGAACUUAUCUCUAAAUUCUCAAGCUCUAAAAGAGAAUCUUUACUAUGAAGCUGGCAAAAUGCUUGCCAUUUCUUUGGUUCAUGGUGGCCCUUCACCUGGUUUCUUUUCUAAAACCCUGUUUAACUGCCUUGUUUAUGGACCAGAAAAUACCCAACCAAUUUUAGAUGAUGUGUCAGACUUUGACGUGGCACAAAUUAUAAUCAGGAUAAAUACUGCAACAAAUAUGGAUGACUUAAAUUCAGUAAUAAGUGAAUACUGUAACUACCUAGAACUUAUUGGAUGUCCAAGACUUAUAACAACAUUAACUGAUAAAUACAUGUUGGUAGAAGACAUACUUGUCUACCAGGUAAUUAAGAGAGUCCAAGCACCCUUUGAAAGUUUUAAGCAGGGUCUGAAAACACUUGGUGUCUUGGACAAAAUUCAGAUGUACCCAGAAGCAUUUUGUAAUAUCCUCUGUCAUAAACCUGAGAAUCUUUCUGCAAAAAUCCUUAGAUAUCUUUUUAUAGUACACACAUUACCUGACAUGCAAGUGUUGGGGUUUUGGAACAGUUACCUACAGAGUGUUGAGGAUGGCAAAUCUGCAACAACAAUGGAAGACAUUCUUAUUUUUGCAACUGGUUGCAAUUCCAUUCCACCUGCUGGCUUUAAGCCCACUCCUUCAAUUGAGUAUCUGCAUAUGGAUUUUCCUAUUGGAAAUAAGUGUAAUAACUGUUUAGCUCUUCCAAUGACCAGUACAUAUAAAAAAUUUCAAGAAAAUAUGGACUUUGCCAUAAGAAACACUCUACGACUAGAAAAGGAAAAAAGUUCUCACUACAAUGGACAUUAAAAUAUUUCCUUGAACAAAGAAAUGCUUCUUUAAAAGCUGCUAUUGAUAACUUUCCUUUAUUUCAGAAAUCUGUUAAUCAGAACUUAACAAAUUUUUCAUCUUUGGCCCAGUAGAACUCAGGAUAUGUACACAAAAGACUACUUUGGCCAUUUCAAUUAAAAAUUGGUGUUUUGUUUUUGUUUUUUUUUUUUGUACUGGGGAUUGAACU